ACUCAACAGUAAACGUCCUGCAGAAUCGCUGCACAUCAAAGUUGGAGAGAGCCUGCCGAGUGAGAGCACGGAGCCGCAGACGGAGACGGCUGAGCUGGAAACUGAGAGCGCGGAGCCGCAGACGGACGCGGCUGAGCUUCAAAAUCAGAGCAAAGAGCCGCACACGGAGACGGCUGAGGGCGAUCCAAAGGCGGACUUUGUGACAACAAAAACGCUGCGUCGUGUGAUUGAAGAACUGUUGCGCGGCCGCAGUCUGGAGAAACUCACCUUCGGAGCUUUCCUUUCGGAGUUGACAGACGCUUUGAAGCUGGAUGCUGGAGAUCUUGCCGACCGCAGAAGCGAAGUGAAAGUCAUCCUGCACAAAGUUACACGGAAAGAGUUGCAGAGGCAACUUGUCGAACAUGUUAAGAAGAAGCGCAACGAUGCUUCAACGGCUGAAGUCCCUGUCUUCUCGAAGGUGGAGACGGCGCAAGUUUUGUUGGUGUAUGUGGUGACUUUUGCUACACCGACAGAUGCCGAGGCGAGACGCCGCUUGGAAAGUUUCAGCAGAGCAGACCUGUGCACGAUGAUGAGAACCUCUUUGGAGACAGCACAGGCAGGAAGAGCGGAGGAGCACCGUGCUGUUGUGGAGAAAUGCACGAUCUUUUUGGAGCGUGGUAGUGGUGCGGCAGGCCACCACGCCCACGUCGCCAUCAAAGUGACGCAGCCGACACGUUGGAAGCCUUGGAACGAUGCCAUCUUUCAGGCAUGUGGGUUGGUGGCGAAUUUUUCGUCGUGCAUCAAAGGAGGAUAUCACAAUGCUGUGCGAUAUGGCUUUGUUCCGCGGCCUGGGAAAGCCCUCGAAGACCUUGAUCCGGAGCCCUUCACGUAUCCAGACAGUCAUCCCCCGCUCGCCGAAGCUAUGCAUCGAAAUUUCAAUUCUGAUGCUUGGGCUGAUGAAACGCUAGCGCAAACUCAGUCCAGACUGUCGCGAGGCAAAUCGGCCCCUCGCUUUGGCCCCACUGACCUGUGGCCCGUGCUUGUGAAGCUGAACCUCAGGCCCGAAGAUCCGGCGUACGAGGCGCAGCUCUUUCAGUAUGCGAAGCAGUCAGGCGGUGCGCCGAUGAUUGACUAUCUCGUCCGGAAUCACGACACGCUCAAAGGAUUGGGUCAGAAACUCUGGCUGCUGCAGGAAGCUGAAAACCAUGUGAUCCAAGCUAAGAAAUCCAGAUUGAAAUUCCUCUUGGAGGCAACAGAAAGAUCUUGUGUUUGUGCCGGGCGCUGGGGCCGCGCCGCCCGACAAAACCUGGAAGCAAACGAAAUCUCGGAGGAAGUCUUCACGAAGGCCAUCUACGAUGCACUUCAGCAUGGCCGCGCCAAAGGCCAUACGAUAGCCCUCCUCGGUGUUGGUGGGAACGAAGGGAAAACCUUUCUAUUGUCACCCAUGAAGGACAUCUAUCCGCCUGGAACCGUGAUAGGUUCGCCGUCUCCAAGUGCAUUUCCGCUCCUGGAACUCUGCAAAUCGCGGGUUGCCAUAUGGGACGACUGGAGAUUCGAUGCAGCCAUCAUUCCCAUCGCCCUUCAACUCCAGCUUUUCGAAGGUUUGGCCGUGACUGUAAAUCGACCGCAGAACCAGUUUUCUGGACAUGAGAUUUGGCAAGGCAGCACUCCUUUUUUCUUGACUGGUCGAUUGGAUGACCUGAUGAUGGUCAAGGCUGGUGUAUCGUGCACCGAUCUCACGAUGUUGAGAAAGCGAUUGAAAGUGUUUGAAUUCAAGCGGUCGCAAACGAAUCCUGACAUCACCAUCCCGAGAUGUGCAUCGUGCUUUGCCAAGAUGGUCCUGCGGAAGGGAAACCCUCGAAAUAUGCGGUUUAUCACCCCAGACUUGCAGGAGCAAGCGCCGGGAGAAGUGGUUGUAGACUACUUCUAA